UGCACUUACCUCACUGGUAGCUCAAGCAGCUGAUUCGAAUCGGCCAUGGAGAAGAGGAGGUGGUGGAGCACGGCGGACGGAUUGCUGCGAGUGGCCGUUGCCGUUGCCGUUGCCGCCGCCUCCGCCGCCGCGGCGGAACGUGAGGUCCCGGCGAUGUACGUGUUCGGCGACUCGCUUGUCGACGUCGGCAACAACGACUUCCUGCCGCCGCCGGCGCCCAGGGCGCCGGAGCCUCCGUGCGGCGUCGACCUCCCGCCGGGGUUCGCCGGCGGCGGCGGCGGGCGCUUCACCAACGGCUUCAACCUCGCCGACAUCAUCGCGCAGCAUGUGGGGUUCAAGAUGAGCCCGCCGGCGUACCUCUCCCUGACGACGCCGGGAAGACGCGGCGACCUCCGGCGAGGCCUCGUCGGCGUCAACUAUGCCUCCAGCGGAUCCGGCAUCCUCGAUUUCACUGGGAACGGGACGAUCAGCCUGGGAGAGCAGGUCAAGCUCUUCGCCAACACGAAGGCGGCAAUGGUCGCUGCCGGCGAGGUCGACGGCGAGAGGAUCAACCACUUGCUCUCACGGUCACUGUUCAUCACUUGCACCGGUGGCAACGACUACGACGCCUUCACUGACGGCAUCGUCCCUGUCAGCGAGGCGCCGGCCUUCAUCGCCCACAUGGUCACCACUUACAUCAAGCACAUCAAGACGUUGUACAAGCUAGGAGCUAGGAGGCUGGGGAUACUUGACAUGCUGCCUCUGGGGUGUCUUCCCAUCUCCAGGCUUCCCAUGGAGAAUGGUUCAUGCAGUGAGGAAGACAACUGGCAGGGUCGUCUCUUCAACCGCCUCAUCCGGCGUGAGAUGGCCGCCGCAGUCGCCGGCUCCAUGCCGGACUUGAAGUACUCCAUCGGCAGCAUUUACCACACCUUCACUGACAUGACCGUGAAUCCAGAUUUAGCUGGGUUGAAGGAGGUGGCGAGGGCGUGCUGCGGAGAUGGCAAGCUGAACGCGGAGGCCGACUGCUCGGCGAACGCCAAGCUGUGCCCAGAUCGCGACGACUACAUUUUCUGGGACAGGGUGCACGGAACCCAGGCCGCCUACCACCGCUGCGUCCAUGGCUUCUUCCAUGGCUCGCCGCGCUACGCCGAGCCUAUCAGCUUCACCCAGCUGGUCACCCCACCGGCCGUCGAUCUGGAGCAUCGGUCGCCGCGCACAAAUCGGACGGCCAGGAUUUGAUCAUCAAUGGACUGGUAUUAUAGGUAUAUUAUAUGGAUUGAUAUCUCACGGUACCUCCAAAAGACUACAGAAUUAUAUCAGAUAAACACAUCAUGCAAGUAUCGUUUUUCCUGAAUAAUUAAUUGCUCCUGUGCUAUGGAGCAUUUGUUGUCAUGCUUGGAAAUUAAGCAGUGUCCAUUGAUCACUGCAGAGAAAUAAUAAAAAGAAAAGUUGACAGGAGAAGAAA